AUGGGAAAUUGUAUAAGGCAUGAAUCCUCUGUGCAAUGGGGUGGUGAUGACUGGGGAUCUCCAGAAAAGGAGGAGCUUUAUGGUAGUGAUACAGAUUGUGACAUGGGGGACAAUAAUAAGGCCAUGAUUAUGGAAGAGAAGGGUCUCCUUGGAGGAGCUGAGAGAAGUUUUACUAAGUCUUCAUCUACAACUACUACUACUACUACUACUACAGAGGUAAAGAUCAAGAUCACGAAGAAACAGCUGGAGGAGUUGCUAGGCAAGGUGGACUUGAAAGAAUUGUCUGUGCAACAAGUUUUGGCCCAGUUGAUUAAAGUUAGUGAUCGAUUUGAUUCGCAUCCAAGGUCCUGGAGGCCUGCCCUGCAGAGUAUUCCUGAGGUGAAUUGA